GUCAAUCAAUAAUUUCACAUUCCGGGGACCGUUAAAAGCCAACCAUCCUCGCGCCCUCCCUUAGCCGCCUUCUCUCUCUCCCCCUUUCUCUCUUUCUCUCGGAGAGAUUUUUCGGCACACGACGAACACAACUAACGAUUGCAAUGGAAGCCAUAUGUUUCUUGACGCCGCCUCACCAAUCUCACCUUCAACUCCCCAAACACCUCCAUUUCCAAACUAAGCACAAUUCAAAUGCCACCGCCACCUUCACAAACCCUAAAAAACACAAUUCACUGAAAACAAUUGCAAAGAUCUCGGCGGAGCCGGCACUCGCCGUCGCGCCGCCGCCGCAGAACCUCCCACCUCCUCCAUUGCUAAAAGCUUCGCCUUCAUCUCUGCAAUACGAGGCCGGUAUGGUUGGUGCCGUGCCGGACCAUAUGGUCACACCUGGUCCUCUCAAUGCUAUGGAGUAUUUGACUAAUAUUUUUUCUUCUAAGGUCUAUGAUGUUGCUUACGAAACGCCUUUAGAGCUUGCAUCGAAGCUGUCGAGUAGAUUAGGGGUUAAUUUCUGGCUCAAGAGAGAAGAUCUUCAGCCUGUUUUCUCGUUUAAACUUCGAGGGGCUUAUAACAUGAUGGCUAAACUUCCAGAGGAACAAUUGGAAAAAGGUGUAAUCUGCUCAUCAGCUGGAAACCAUGCCCAAGGCGUUGCUUUGGCUGCCCAGAAGCUGGGUUGUAAUGCUGUAAUUGCUAUGCCGGUCACCACUCCAGAAAUUAAGUGGAAGUCAGUUGAGAGAUUGGGUGCAACAGUUGUUCUUGUUGGAGACUCCUACGAUGAAGCACAGGCAUAUGCAAAAAAGAGGGCGAAAGAAGAGGGACGCACAUUUGUUGCUCCAUUUGAUGACCCAGAUGUGAUCACUGGCCAAGGAACUACUGGUAUGGAGAUUGUGCGUCAAAUGAAAGGUCCAAUACAUGCUAUAUUUGUGCCGGUAGGGGGUGGUGGGUUGAUUGCUGGUAUAGCAGCCUUCGUAAAAAGGGUUUCGCCAGAGGUCAAAAUAAUUGGAGUUGAGCCAUCUGAUGCAAAUGCAAUGGCCUUGUCAUUACACCAUGGCAAGAGAGUAAUACUGGAUGAAGUGGGAGGUUUUGCAGAUGGUGUUGCUGUUAAGGUGGUCGGUGAAGAGACUUUCCGCCUUUGCAGGGAACUGCUAGAUGGGGUGGUUCUUGUUAGCCGUGAUGCUAUCUGUGCAUCGAUAAAGGACAUGUUUGAGGAGAACAGGAGCAUUCUGGAACCAGCUGGGGCUCUUUCCCUUGCUGGAGCUGAAGCAUACUGCAAAUAUUAUAACCUUAAGGAUGCUAAUGUAGUUGCUAUUGCCAGUGGGGCAAAUAUGAACUUUGAUAGGUUAAGAUUGGUAACUGAACUUGCUGAUGUUGGUCGACAAAGAGAGGCUGUUCUUGCAACUUUUUUGCCAGAGGAGCGUGGAAGUUUUAAAAGAUUUGCUGAAAAAGUUGGACCCAUGAAUAUUACCGAGUUCAGAUACAGAUUUGUUUCAGAUAAGGAAGAAGCCCUAGUAUUAUACAGUGUUGGUGUACACACAAAAUCAGAUCUUGAUGCUAUGGUGGAGAGAAUGGAAUCAUCUCAACUUCGAACUAUUAAUUUAACAAACAAUGACCUGGUCAAAGAUCAUUUGCGUCAUUUGAUGGGGGCCCGGUCAGAUGUUCAGAAUGAGCUUCUUUGUAGAUUUGUUUUUCCUGAGAGACCUGGAGCCUUAAUGAAGUUUCUAGAUGCAUUCAGUCCAAGUUGGAAUAUUACAUUGUUCCAUUACCGUGGGCAGGGAGAAGCAGGUGCCAAUGUUCUAGUUGGAUUCCAAAUUCCAUCCUCUGAAAUGGAGGAGUUCAAGAAUCAUGCGAAUAGACUUGGAUUCAGUUAUAUGGAAGAAACAAGUAACUAUGCAUUCCAACUUCUUAUGCGAUGAGUAUAGCAAGUUGAGUUAAGUAGUCACAGUUUUAUUUGAGAAUAAGAACAAGUCUGUGGUUGUAGCAUCAGGCAGGUAGCUGUGUACCUCAUGUUUCCGCAUUUUGGACGUAUUUAGCUGAUUAGGUUCGUAUGUAUACUCUUGUUUGAGCUUGCGAAUCUAUUGGGCUUCUAAUCAUUAUUAAAUCUUUGCGUUGGUAUUUGUUGCAUUGGGUUACUUAUUUGAUCCAGACUUUGUAUAGGCUCACAAGUAUUGGUAACAUUUUGGAAAUCAUGUAAAUAAAUGCUUUGCACCACAAGUUUGAGAGCGUUGGUUUGUUUGUCUA